AUAAAAAAAAAAAAAUUUAGCACCCCACGCACUGUAGGUGUGGCUGUACCUGUCAAAUGUGAUUCGAAAACCCAACGGACAAACCAAACGUUUAUAAAAGUUUAGUGUUUAAAUUUGUUUUUGAGUCUGCAAUCAUGAGUUGCAGAGCGAAUUCUACGUCAAAAUCAAUAAAAUUCCAACCGUUGCCCAUGGCGGCAUUGAUUGCUAAUUUGAAGACGCUGUCCGCGACGUUAGACAGACGCGACUCGCUCGAUUCUUCGGACGACAGCAGUAGUUCAUUUGAUGGGUACUCAAAGAAGACCCAAUCAAAGACAGUACCCAAGGAUUCUAAGAGUAGUGUUAAAGUUCCUUUGUCUGAGAAUCGCAGCGUAGUGAAAGCCCCUGACGAGAAAAAGAUAGAAAGUACGCCGAGUCAAGCGGAGACAGCUGGUAACAACGAGAACGUCUCUCGGUCUGGCAAGGCGUACAGGUUCCCUGGGGUGGAAGUGCUGCCUACCAUCGAGGCAUCCACCUCGCAGCCUGGGACUGUAGAAAACCUUCAGAAUGCUCAAACACAUGUUGAGAAGAAAGAAAGUGCCCGGUGUCUUUUCCCAGAACCAGCCAGAGACCCACCUCCUCCAAUGGCACCACCCACACCAAGGAAGGUCUCCGCGUUCCACCCAAAAAUAUACCCACCCACUGAAGACUUACCUGACUCUCACUCAUCGUCCACACAUCUACCGACGCAGAUACAACCUAUCCUACCGGGACAGUCUGUGCCAGCGACACUGUUUGUGCCUGCGACACCAUCACAGCCCGCAGGCCCGAAAAACUUUAGCAAAAUACAGUUCAAGACAAUUAACAUAAAGGGAAAGAAGUAUAUGGUAAUUAGGAAACUUGGUAUGGGAGCGUCCAGUGAGGUGUUUAAGGUAUUAGAAAUCACCACAUCAAACGAGUACGCAGUGAAAGUCGUGGAUCUAGCGACGGAGCGCGAGAUGGCGCGAGGUUACCUGAACGAGGUGAAGCUGCUGCGAGAUCUGCAGAAGAAUGACCGAGUUAUCAAGUUAUAUGACUAUGAAUACGAUCGUGAUAACAAAUUCCUUCGGCUGGUGAUGGAGGCGGGAGAGACGGACCUGGCGUGCUUCAUGUGCACGCACCGCGACGGCGCGCCGCCCGCCCUCGUGCUGCACUAUUGGGAGGAGAUGCUGCGCGCCGUGCAGCAGAUACACCAGCACGGAGUAGUUCACGCAGAUCUAAAACCGGCCAACUUCCUCCUAGUAUCCGGCAGGCUGAAGCUGAUCGACUUCGGUAUAGCGUCGGCCGUGUCCAGCGACGCCACCAGUGUGGUCCGCUCCUGCGGGAAGGGCACGUUCUCAUACAUCAGCCCCGAGGCGCUGGGCGGAGACGGCAAGCAUCCCUUCAAGGUGUCGUUUUACUCCGAUGUGUGGUCACUAGGCUGCAUCCUAUACAGCCUUAUAUAUGGCCGCACGCCCUUCGCGCACCUCACCGCCAUCAUGAAACUUGUCACCAUCAGGGACCCUAACCAUAUCAUCGCGUACCCGCCAGUCGACCACCUACCCCCAUCCCUCAUCACAGCGCUCCAAAGCUGCCUUCGCUAUGCCGCCCACAGCCGUCCCACCGUCACACAGCUCCUACAAAUGAGACACCUCCAAUACAACACGAGGGCUUUACCCAAGGCGUUACUAGACAAGUUGAGACAUGGCGUGACACAGGAGGAGUUCGCGUUGCUACAGAAGGCUAAUGUGUAUGAGGAGUGAAGCGUUUUGGUUAGUUUUGUCUCGUACUUGUAUAUACUAUGGCUAUGUCCGGCGGACUUAAAGUCAGUGGGCCCCUAUAUAAAAAUAUUAAAGAGAAUUCAAUUCAAUUUAUUCAAUUAUCCCAGAAAUUUGCGAAGUAGCUAAGCGAUAGUUAAUAUUGUACUGUCCAAUAUCUUGUUUCAAUGUGCAUUGCGUCUCACUCUCUCACUGAGCAAAAUGUGAGAAGCAAAUACACAAUGGACCAAGAUAUUGGACGGGUUUAAUACCACCCUAAGCACAAAAUAAAUUAUAGUACUACCGUGCUACGUACAGAAAGGAAACUUCCUACAAAACCAAAGUUUGACAGAGGUUCAGGGUCGAAUCAUGCUGUCCCUUUCUAAUAUAUGGCACUAGCCCUUUCGGCUAUUUAGGGUUGUCAAGUUCAAGUCAUUAUCUUAUCUGUGGCCAACCCUAAUAAUUGAUUGGAGCAAUCCUGAGCCGAACGGAGCCGAGUUUGACCGAAGCGAGGAGUUUCGCACCCCUGCCCUAAUGCUAACUGCGUCGGCUCGGCAUUCUAUUGUAAAAUUCUAGUAUAACCUCUUCACUUUUUGCUCUCAACUUUGUAUGUAGUAUAAAUAUAUGAUUUUUGAUAUUUAAAAUUAUUUAUUUCUAGAGAUAAUUUAUAGAUUUAGGGGUUAGGCUGAACAUCCACUAUAGAUGUGCGAGGUAGCAAAGCACACAAUAAAAAGUUGCUCCGCCACGCUAUCUCACACAACUGUAGUGUUAAGACCAGAGCGCACCGGCUGCGUAUGUUGGGGCCUUGCACACCGUGUGCCGUCUCUCAUAAGGAUCUUUACUUUACAACGCGCGCAUCCGGUGUGCUUAAAUGCGCGUGUCUUUUUUUAUCAAUUUGUACAGUUGGUUUGGUGUCAAAAAUGAGUAAUUGGUGUCAACUUUGCGCGUACAAUUGAUGCGUGACACUUUCAAUGGCAAGUGCGUCAAGUGACCUCACACUAGCGUCGGCGUCUAGUCAACUGUAUGGCCGCUGCUCGACGCAACGUUGGCGCAACUGCGCAGCGACGCCGACGACACACGCUGACUAGACGCCGACGCUCAUGAGCUAGCGUUUUGUGUGUGUGGGGCCUGAGUGGACGCUCUAGUUGGGCGUGCAUUGGGGCGCGGCGUGCGGCGUGCAUGUUAAACAAAUGCAAUCGUAUAGGAGCGGCCUUAGUGCACGUGCACGCUGCUCACAUCACUUGUGAGCCCGACGACACGCUGCACGCCGAGCCGAGCGAGCGUCCACUCGGGCCUCACACUUAGGGUUGGUUGCACCAAACUGUUUGUCAGCGUUAAAGAGUUCGCUAAAUUUUAUUGUAUGGAAAGCUUUAUAGUAAACCGCGGCGGCGCACCGGGUGAUGUUGAUCAGUCUGUUAAGUGCGGAUGGUGCAACUGGCACUUAAUGUAAAGUAAAGUAACCCAUUGUACAAAUAAUUCACUACAUAGUAUAAAACAAAGUCUCUUUCGUGCUGUCUGUCUGUCCCUAUGUAAUGUAUGCUUAGGGUAUGCGCGCACGAGCAACUUUUGUCUCCGCGACUAUUCUGUCUGUCACAUCAAGUCUAUGGGUUAACGUAGCGACGCAACUCCCGGGAGACUUUUCUCCGCGGGUUCGGACAAGCCUCCACGCAAAUGUCUCCUUCCCUAUUGGUUUUAAUUUUGAAUGCUAGCGUGCGCAUGGGCGACAAAUAGGUCGCCGGCCGGCCAGUUGCCAACUUGCCACUCGACCGCCGCGGCGGGAGCUUGUACGUGUACGGAUACGCGCACGCAUUCAAUACGAAGUAAAAUGCCGGUCGUAGAAGAUGAUAUCGACAAGUAGUCUAAUUGAAGAAGUGGAAGGGAGACCACUACUAUACAAUAAAACAUUAAAGACAUAGUCUGAAAUUUUCCAAAAGUCAGCCGAUCGCUCCAUAAUGGAUGCACCCAUUAUUGUUUUUUUUUUCGACCACAGCCGUCUCUUCAAAAUCCAUGUUGAUGACUGCGUAGAAAAAAGUCGUGUUGCUCUCGUGCGCGCAUCACGGCGAGAAGGCGAUUAAUUUGUCGAAAGAGACAAAUAAAUCGCCUUGCGACUAAGUUGCUCGUGCACGCUAACCCUUAGAUCUUUAAAACUACGCAACGGAUUUCGAUGCGGUUUUUUAAUACAUAGAGUAUGAUGAUUCAGGAGGAAGGUUUAUAUGUAUAAUACAUCAGCAUUGCACCCGUGCGAAGCCGGGGCGGGUCGCUAGUAGAUGUAAAAAUUAGUGAAUAAGUCUGCAUGUAUAUAUAGGUUACGCAAUAAGUUUAUUGUACCUACUUAUGUUAAAUAAACAUCUUUUUCAUUUCAUUUAAAAGGACAAAAUCAAAUCGAAUAAAGAAGGUUCUAAAUUCAAAACUGCAAAGAUGGCUCUGGGACUUAGUGCCACUUGCACCAUCCCACUAACCCGGGGUUAACCGAUUAAACCGUUAACCCAGUGUCAAAUUGUACUGGUAACCAUGGUAACUCCAGGUUUAGUGAAUGGUGCAAAUGGGCCUUAGGAGGAUAUAUGUAGACCCAUAUAGGGAAUGAUGUUUAUAUAUUUCAGUUUGAUAUUAACUCAAAAUAUUGUCUGUUAUUAUUAUUGUAGAUCUUCUUUGUCCGUCCCUGCUCCCGUUAUCUGGGGUCGGGUCUCCUCACAUUUCUGCGCCAGGCCUGUAUGUACGCCAGGCCUGUAUGUACGCCAGGCCUGUCUGUGCGCCAGGCCUGUCUGGUAAUGCCUAUAAAUAAAAUUGUACUAACAAAAUGCCUAUAAAUAAAAUUGUACUAACAGAAUGCCUAUUUAAAUUAAUUGAAUUUUUAAAACUCAAAAAUUUUUUUACCAAAU